AUGUCGACAACGGCGAGUCUCCAGGAGCUUGAGACGCGACUUGUGGCCUUUACAGAGCAGCUACAGAACAUUCAUGAGUUACUACAGAGUGAUACGACAAAUGAAGAGUACUUGAGUAUUGCCAAGGAUCUUGUGGAAGUUAUUCAGCUUACGAAAGAGACGAUUGAUUACAAGGUAAAUACUGCUUCAUCCACUGACGUUUUGGAGUCACAAAAGACCCAGGAACAUCUUUCAGACCCACGAGCACUUGAGAUUGAGUUUGUGCCAGGCUCAGCAGUUGAAGCGCUGCAGCAAGGCGUGUGGUAUCCGGCGCACGUGGAUUCUAUCAUGAGUGAUGGGAACUAUAAUGUCACGUUCUUGGGUUUUGGUACAACUGCAGAGCUGCAGCAGGUCGCUUUGCGAGUUAUUGACGUCGAUGCAGAGCAAAUUGCUCAGCUGCCAGAGAAGGAAGCGAUCACGGAAGGGUUUAAGUGUCGAGCCAAGUACUAUGCUGAUGCGGUCGUGUACUCGUGUGUAGUCACGAAGGUCACGGCCUUGGGGUAUCAGGUGCUGUUUGAUGGCUAUGGCAACUCAGAAGAGGUACCGUACGAGUAUUUGAGCUCUGCGGUGGAGUUACCGCAGAUGGAGGUAGACGCUGGUGUUGCUCCGGUGAACUCUGCUGACGCAGUUGAUGGUGAUUUUGCGCAUGCUGCUGCUGCUGCUGCUACAGAGCAAAAGGUGGCACCUGCGGUGAUUCACAAACCCAUUAAAAUUCCUGAAAACCUGCAGAUUUUGCCCUCGGACACAGAGGCUGAAAAGGAUCGCAAACGGAAACGCAUGCGUGCUAUUAAGAGCUUGAAUCGACACAAAAAUAUUGACAAUGAGCGCAAUAUUAAGCAACACGACUGGAAGGCCUUUCAAUACAAGGCCAAGAAGAAAGGUAUCAAGAAAGGUGUGAGCGGAGUGUUAUCAAAACGAGGCUCAAGUAUGUUUGCUUCACCCGAAACGGUGCACGGCCGCGUAGGUGUCGUGGGGAGCGACCAGGGCAUGACGAAUUUCUUAGAUGCACGGAACAAGAAACCAAAGCACGCGUAG